AUGUCAGAAAUAGCGAGCGCACUGUUCAACAAGGUGCUGGUGAAGGUGCUCAGCAGCUUCCUCACCUACUACAUGAACAACUUCUCCAAGGAGAGCUUCAAGCUGCAGAUGCUGAAGGGCACCUUUGCUCUGGCCGACAUCGAGGUAAACACACAAUUUCUCAAGGAGACGAUAGUGCUACCCAACUUGGAGAUUACCAAGUGCUUGUGCGAUAAGAUCUUCAUCAAGAUUCCCUGGCACCACAUCACCACCGAGCCGAUCACGUUCGACUUGGACCGGGUGGAGCUGGUGUGCGAGGAAAUCCCCUUGGGCUCCAGCGAGGACCAGUCGGGCCCGAAGAAGGAGCGGCCCACGACCUCCUACGCCUGGGCGCAGCGCAUGAUCGAUGGAAUCAAGAUGAACGUGGGCGAGGUGGACAUGACCAUGAAGUUUAACGGCUACCGUGGUGUGCCCUACAUCAAGAAGGUCAAGUGCAGCGGCAUCUCCAUCUACUCGACCGACUCGAACUGGAAGGCUGUGGACCUGAAGGAGUCCUUCGUCGAGGACAAGACCCGCUCGGAGACGCUCUUCUACAAGGUCAUGGACUGCAAGUCGCUCACCGUGUCCUUUGCUCGCGCCGACCAGGCCGAGCCCGAGUUCUGCACCUUCAUGCGCGACAUGCCCGUCCAGAUCAGAAUGAAGGUGUUGCGUGACUCCAAGACGAAGGCCGUCCUGUGCGGCGACUUCCAGCUUUACCUGCCCCGUGCGGACAUGUCCUUCAGCGGACAGCAGUGGAAGAACUUCAUGGAGCUGCUCAAGGGCAUUGUGGGCUGCUUUACGCGCACGGACCAGGAAUACUCACUGUACAAAGACAUCGGCAAGGACGAACGCGUCAAGGAAAAGACCAAGAGCUGGUGGGAAAAGAGAAAGGCGGCCAAGGACGACAAGGAAAAGACGCGCAAGCUGGCGGAGCUCGAGCUGCGCCAGAAGGCGGUGGCCGACCUCAAGAGCGUGGGAGCAGAUGCUUCUCACCUGGAGCAAAUCCCCUCGGAAACGCACUUCCGGGUGCACAUCGAGAAAGGUUCGAUGAACCUGCUCGAGGAGGAGGACCGGCUCACCCUGGAGCCCUUCAAAUACGCCUUCGGCCGGCUGUUCUUCGAGAACAUGAACAUCGACGUCGAGCUUCCCCCCGCCAUGGAUGUUCCCGACACCAACAAGUGGACCGCCAAUUCCAGACAGAGGUUGAUGAUGCAGGCCUCGCUCAAGAUUCACAACAUGGCCUGCGUCAUUCAGGAGAACUUCAACUCCUACAUCGACGCCCUCAAGUCCGGCACCCACAGGGAGAGGAAGCAGAUCACGAUCCUGACCGACGGCCGAAGCGAGGACCUCCAGCGGCGGAUCAACGAGGUCAAGCGGGACCUGUCGGCCGCGCAGGAGGAGGCCAAGGGCCCCGAGACCGUCACCGCCGAGACCCGCCAGGCCGAGGAGCGCAAGGAGCAGGAGCAGAAGGGCCAGAAGGACUUCGUCUCCAUCUCCUGGGCCGUGCGCUCCGGCGCCCCCGAGGAGACCAACAUGGAGAGGUGGUUGAGGUCGCUCGACUGCCAGAUGACGCUCGAGGUGUGCUCCAACUACUUCGUGCUGCUCCACAGGUGGUGGGCGCGUAUCAUCCGCUACCUGGAGACCUCGUCGCUCGGCGCCGACUCCAUCGAGGCCAUCAACCUCAUCAAGAUGCAGAUCAGCGUCCAGGUCGACGACAUGGUCAUCACCGUGCCCCUCCAUGGCUGCCUCCAGUACGAAGUGCCCACGGCCGAGGAGUUGGAGAUGCUGCCGCACGUGGUGCUCACGAGCACGUGCAUGAAGGCCGGCCGGAACGUGCUGGGCGAGCUCACCCAGCUCUUUGCCUCGCACAAGCUGCCCACCGCGAGCUUCGCCACCGGCGGCCAACAAAUCAGCGGCUGGCGGCCGCAGAGGCUGGGCCACGACGAGAGCGGCUGGACGCUGCACACGCACACGUACAAGCCGCAGCGGUUCCAGCUGGUGCUGGAGAACCUGGUGAUGUCGGUCGGCAACGACAGGAUCAUGUCGCCGGUCACGUUCGGCAUGGAGCUCACCCUCCACCGCUUCACGACCACCGAGCAGCUGCUGCUCGAGCUCUGCACCCACGCCGAGCUCAUCCAGAUGCACGUCAACCGCGCCCAGUACCUCAUGUACAUCCACUUCAUGGAGUACCUGUCGACCGUCAUCUGGCCCGAGCUGGAGCUGGUCCUCCUGCGCAAGUACGGCCCGUCCUCCAUCCAGGAGGACCUCACCGACCAGUCCAUCGUCCAGGUCGCCAAGAAGCAGGGCCACAUGCCUCUCGCGGUCAACACGCAUUCGUUCAUCGACUAUCUGAUGCUUCACGUCAACGGCUCUCCCAUCUCUGCGGAGAGUGUGGUCAAUGCGUUCUUCAAGCUCGACCCGAGCGAGAGGCAGGCGGUGGUGGAGAUGCACGUCGAGAAGCUCCUCUCCAAGUCGUCCAACGCCGUGCUGUUCGAGACGGGCAAGACCCACAAGAACGCCAAGUGCGACAAGGCCACCGUCCACAUCCCCUCCCACGUGGCGACCUCUGGUGCGGCCACCAAUGAAGAUGGCGAGAAGGCGAAGGAGAAGGAGGUCGAGAUCCAGAGCAGCAAGCCCCUCGUCGAGGUGGGCACUCUUGCCGGCAACGUGAUCACCGAGCACCUGCACGACAUUGUGGCGCUGCUGAAGAGCAGCAACCUCGCCGCCUUCAACGCGCUGCUGGACGUUGGCGAGGGCGACGUCGAGGAGGUCAUCAAGCAGGAGUCGUCCGUCGUCGUCUACCGAAACCAGAUCAUCGUCGAUGGCGAGUGCGCGCCCGCUAGCUUGCCGCGUCCCGUCACAAGCUUCCUCGAGGACUUUGUGAUGGUACGCGACUGA